UCCGGCCGGGAGGAGGACGCGGACCCACGGGGAGAGACAGUGAGAAGACACGGGAUCCGGAGCUGAGUCUGGACCAGAGACUGUAUAGGUCUGGACGGAGCUGAGCUGUCACACAUCAUCUGCAGCUUUGUGUCGGUGGAUUCCGGGUUUAGCUCCAAGGACGCGCCGGGGAACGCGAACCCAGACCGGGGCGGGCAGCUGGGGGACGAGGGGCAGGGUUCGGAUGGCGUGGAUCGUCCGCCAGGGAAGUGCUGCUGGUGGACUGAUGAGACGUGAGCCGGGGGUAGGUUCGUGUGUCAUGUCUUGACUGGGAAACACAGCAACUACCCGCGGAUAAGCUGCAGCAGCACGUCAGAGAGCCGGAGAGAGAGAGGCCUCCUGUGAUGGAGCAGCGUGCGCUUUAAUCCGCACCUCGCUCCUCAGCAGCCACCGGCAAAGGGUGAGAGGUGUCCGGGAGAAAAGCUCUGAUCGUGGCGUGGACAUGAAAUGCAUCCGAGGCUGAGGCUGAGCUAGAGAUCUGCGAAUCCCACCACCCCGCACGCCGCCGCUGCUGCUGGUGCGGAGCAUGGCUGAGGCUCGGCGUGUUUAUCACCGAGCAGCAGUGAUCGCAGCGUCUGGUCCAGCCCUUCAGCUUCUCCUCUUCCUCUCUGCCUCUCCUCCACAGGACUCUCUUUUCACGAUUGAAGGGAUUUAUGGGAUCGCAAGUUUCCUCUGAUGAGAUGAGUGUGCGUGCUGGCCAGGGCAGUGAUGAGGUGCUGGUUUCACAGGCGGUGUGGGAUUACCUGGCUGCGGCCGGGCGGCCCUGGCUCAUUGACUUCCAGCACAAGCAGGGGAUGAGUGCUGGCAUCAUUAGGCGAGGAGAGAGGGGGGGCUGCUGCGCCGUGAGGCUGCAGCCGGUGGAGGGCUUCAGGACUGCCGGAGCCGGGGUGAUGGAUGGACCCAUCUCCAGUGAGACGCGGAAAGCCUUCAUUGACUUAUGCCGCUGUGCCCGCAAAGAGAUGAGCAAACAGGAGGGGGGACACAAGAGGAAGAGGGUUCUGCUGCCCUGCGUGGGGGUCCUGGAGCCCAACGGCGAGGGGAGCCUGCUCCAGCCUCCGCCGGCCCAGCCGCGACGCUCCCAGAGACAGCAGCAGAGGUUCAGGAAGCCUGCUGAUGAGGAGGCCUGUGCCAUGCUUCACGAGGCCAGCCAGAGGAAGGACACAGACUCUGGCUUGGCCUCCCAUGGUGAGGCCGAGGACAACAACACUUGUUCAAUCUGCAUGGGGGACAUAGUGGAGAGGACCACCCUGGAGAGGUGCGGCCAUUCGUUCUGUCGCUCUUGCCUGGAUCAAGCCUUUAAGGUGAAGAAAGCUUGUCCUGUGUGUCGACUGGUGUACGGCCAGUUGAUCGGGAACCAGCCUGCCAAUGGUUCCAUGAUCGUCGAGAGAGAUCCGGAUCUGGAGAUUGCUGGCCAUGAAGGCUAUGGGUGUAUCUGCAUCAUCUACAGCUUCCCUCCGGGCCUACAGGCGCCGGAGCACCCAAACCCUGGAGUUCGCUACCCAGGAACCGACCGUGUGGCCUACCUCCCUGACAGCCCCGAGGGGAACCGGGUGCUGGGCCUGCUGCGCCGGGCCUUUGAACAGCGCCUUAUCUUCACCAUCGGUACCUCCAUGACUACGGGCAUGCAAAAUGUCAUCACCUGGAAUGACAUUCACCACAAGACCUCAAUAUGGGGUGGGCCCCGCUGUUUUGGCUACCCAGACCCCACCUACAUGGUACGAGUGACGGAGGAGCUCAGAGAGAAAGGCAUCACAGCGGACUGACAACGACAGACUCUUCCAGGACUUUGUGCGACUUUCUUAGUGUCCUUGUCCUUGCGGCGGACAUGACUCGGCUCCAGGUUGUGCUCUGAGACUGUCCGUCCUUCGGAGGAUGGCCGAAGUCGAGGCCCUCAACAGACGAGCGUCUAACGCCGGGUCUACACCGGAGGCGGAAGCGCCGCGCUAAUCUCCAGCGCGCAGCAGCCUGGCUGUUCACACAGGACGCGCAUUUCUCCACGGCGGUCACCCUGCGAUUCCGUUCCGUAAUCACACAUACAGCUGAUAUUUGCCUGUAGCCUAAUGUUAAACAUACGGCCUCAGUAUAA